UAGAAAGGUGAGGUGAUUCUCAAAUGGUUUCAAUAGAUCAAAGAGAGGUAGUGCUGAAGUCACUUGCAAUUAUAAGAAUUAGCCUGGCCUGGCCCUCAGCAGCUAAUCAGUCGGCGCUGAUAUGUUGAUGUCCUCAUGCAAUCAGAAGACCAGUUGGAGAGCCCGGGCACCCAGGACUCAAUAGGGCUAAUCAUCAUCAGCUUCCAUUGCCAUUUUAAGCGUGAGAUGAUCUGCGAUUAAACCCGUGCUUAAAGCAAAGAGAAGAGGCUCUUUUUUUCUUUCGUUCUGCCAUGUGUAUCCCUUUGGAGACAAACCACUCUCGCCGGAAAAGUGCAAAGGGAAAUGUCUGCAUUGUUUAAUCUUUGGCAGGAACAUUAAAGUUCCCGUUAUUUUCAGCUCAAAUAACCCUGGUUUGACUUUGGCCGAUGCGCCCCCGCGUCCACGCCGCAGUUGACCUCGCAUAAGUGUCUUUUAUUCGGAUCUGAUUUCGCACAGAGCAUCUCUCUCCGGGGAACAAUUGUUGCAGCCGCAGUUCGUUUUCUCUGAAAGCCGAGCGCAUUGUUUUUUUUUUAAGAGAAACAUCUGCCUCUCCUCCCUCCUGCCUCUCUGAUGCCCCAAUCUUCCCAAACAAAACAAAAAAAAAGCCCGCGUUGUUUUUACGCUGUCCCUUGCAUCCAGAGUAAUUACUUAUCAUCAAUCAAAAUUAAUAAUAGCUGAUUGGGUUGGUGUGGUCAACGAUUAUAGAAGGGGAAGGGCUGGAGCAGUCUCUCACACCGUUUCGCAGUCAAUGGUGAACCUGGCAAAUAAAGAAGAAGGGAAAAAAAAAGUGGCGUGGUGGUGGAGGUGGUCAGGGGGGGUGGUGCGGCUCUUCUAUUUGGUCUCCACUGGGAAACGACCGCCUCUCAAGACGGCCAAAAAGUCAGAGGCUGAAUAAGGAAAUGAAGCGUAAUUUGAGGAAGAUGGAUGAGUCCCCAGGGAAACACCCCCCCUUUUCAUUCCUCUUGUAUUGCCGAUGAUAACCAAUGCGCUCCCGUCCCCUCUUUCCGCGCGCACUCACACGGUGCGCAUCGGAGAGGGUCUUGGGAAGGAGGAGUCGCAGAGAGGUUGGGGGGGGGGGGGAGGGGAGAUAGAAAGACAGAGCGAGCGUGUGUUUAUGUCUCAGUGUGUAACGAAUAAGAAGGGGGAAAGGUGGCGCCUCGGCCCCGGCUGACAGAUACGCGUACAACGAGCGCAGAGAUCAGGAGAAACAGGGAUGACAACACACCAGCAGAGGAUCUACUUUCACAUCAUUCUGUGUGUAGACUGAAAGUUUUGCCCGUCGCAGAGGAGAGGACAUUUGCUGUCAAGUUUCCCCCCCUUUAACAAAGAAAGAAAAAUGCAGAGACCGGGCGGUCAGGGGACGGCGUUUUCCAUCGACUCCUUGAUUGGAACCCCUCAACCCAGACCGGGUCACCUUCUCUACACGGGCUACCCCAUGUUCAUGCCCUACAGACCUCUGGUUAUCCCGCAAGCUUUAUCCCACUCGCCUCUCUCCUCUGGCAUACCUCCCCUUGCGCCCUUGGCUUCCUUCGCGGGGCGGCUCACCAACACCUUCUGCGCCAGCUUGGGACAGGGGGUUCCGUCAAUGGUGGCGCUCACCACGACCAUGCCGAGCUUCUCGGACCCUCCGGACAGCUUCUACCCGCCGCAGGAGCUGCCCGGCCCGCGUUUGAGCGCAGCCGAUCCCGGAUCGAGGAGGCAAGAGAGUCCGCACUCCGACGAGCUGCACAGCCGGGACAAGGGUUCCGAGCUGCUGAACUUUUCAGAAACUUUUCAAACAAUAUCAGGCGAGACCAAACUGUACAGCUCAGACGAAGAGAAGCUGGACCUAAAAUCGGCGGACGCAGUUUGCAGCGACAGGGAGGACAGCUCGGCGGACAGCGAGAACGAAAGUUUCUCGGACGGGAACAACUGCGGCGGCCUGUCCCAGAAGGGCAAGCUGAAAGGCGGCUCGCAGGAGGCGUCCCUCCCGAGCGGCGGCUCGGCGGGCAAGAGCCGCCGGAGACGGACAGCUUUCACCAGCGAGCAGCUGCUGGAACUGGAAAAGGAGUUUCACUGUAAAAAGUACCUCUCGCUGACCGAGCGCUCGCAGAUCGCGCACGCGCUCAAGCUGAGCGAGGUGCAGGUGAAGAUCUGGUUUCAGAACCGCAGGGCCAAGUGGAAACGCAUCAAAGCCGGCAACGUCAACAACCGCUCGGGGGAGCCGGUGAGGAAUCCCAAAAUCGUCGUGCCCAUCCCGGUGCACGUCAACAGGUUCGCCGUGAGGAGUCAGCAUCAACAGAUAGAGCAGGGGACCAGGCCGUGAACCGUGCCCGUUCUCUCUCUCUCUCAGCAUUCACGUCCGGCCACAGCACACUCUCUGCGGGACUCUCUCUAUCUCUCUCUCUCUCUCUCUGUUGCGCUGAUUUUGUUUGAACGCAUGAAGAACAAAAUAGGAGGAUUCAGUUGUUUUUGGCUGAGAGGUGAGGCUGGGAGAAGGGCGAUCUGUUCUCAAUCUGAUAAAGGAUACAUUUUUAUUUAUUGCUCUGUGAAUAUGUAAAUAGAAAAGGGUUACAAACUGGCACUAAGAGAUGUGACUGUAAAUAUUUUCUAAGUAUUUAUAUGUAGGGCCCGAAACGUUCUGUUGAUGAUGUGCAUGUCCUCAUUUUGGUGGGAGGGAGGGAAGAAAAAAAGAAAAUCCUGGAUUUUUAUUUUUUAUUUUUGUUUUGUGUUUCGUACAAUUUGUUGACCACAUUUGCAUGUUUAACUGGAGACGUUUUUACUUUUUUUUUUUUUUUUUUUGGCAGGUGCAAGAGGCACCUUGGACAUUUAUUUGUGGGGGGCAAAAAGAAAAAAAAGAAAACACUGUGAGGAGGAUAUAAUGAGCGGGGAAAAAAAGGGACAAGUGUAAAGUAUGGUUGAUCUAAUAAAUUGCUUUAUACAAAUUA